UAGUUUCACUUUUGCCGGCGCGGACCAUGUGCUUACUAAUAAUAUUCGCGGCUUUGGUUUGAAGUAAACGUGUGACCUUCGGAAUAGUUUCGUCCGUGCGUGUUCGCGCAACUUGUUGAUGACAUUCGCACGCUUGAUUUCUAUAAGAAGCUUCAGUAGCUGCACCGAGAGCCAGUUGUGGAGGGUGAUCUUUUACGGAUCGGACAGCUUCUCUCUGAAGUCUCUCCAACUCUUGAACGAAAACAGGCUGAAAAGGACUGAGAUACCUCAAGUUGUUGAUUCAAUCAAUGUUGUGUGCCCAAAGCUCAAGGGCCUAGUCGCAGAUUAUGCGCUCAAGGAGGACCUCCCGGUCUGUGAGUGGCCUUAUGCUGUGCCUGUUGACACGUUUGAUGUUGGAGUCGUGGUGUCAUUUGGCCACUUGAUUCCUGCUAGUAGCAUCCAUGCAUGUAAAUAUGGGAUGAUCAAUGUCCAUCCAAGUAUUCUACCAAGAUGGCGGGGAGCCGCACCUCUGGUCCACACACUGCUCGCUGGGGACACCGAGUCGGGCAUCUCAGUGAUCACAGUAGCACCAAAGAGAUUCGACACGGGCAAGAUAGUGGCUCAAAAGACGGUCGCCGUGCCUCAAGGAAUCCACCUCGUGGAGUAUACCAGCAUGAUGGCCAAACUUGGUGCCAACCUGCUGUUGCAGUGCCUCCAAGACCUUCCAGUGCUACUGUCCAAAGCUUGUGAUCAAGGCUCAGACGGUGUGACUAAAGCCUCGAAAAUAUCGCCCUCAAUGGGUGCCGUGCACUGGGGCCGGCACACAGCAGAUUACAUUGACAGAUUGUACAGGGCUGUUGGAAACUUUACGACAUUGACCACCUCCUGGCAUGGCUGCAGAGUGAAACUGUUCGACAUGGUGCCUCCAGAACAGCUUGCCACUGCCAAACUGGAGCAGCUGGUGAAAACCGAAAAUGUGAAGCCUGGUCACUGCUAUUAUCACGCCAAACGCAAAAUACUGUGCAUCAAGUGCAAGGAAGGAUGGGUAGCGUUCUCAGCCAUUACUGUAAAAGGACACAAGAAAAUGACGGCUACGGAUUUCAGCUGUGGUUUUCUCAGCAAAGUGCCUGAACGUGAACGGUACUUCUCAGAUGAGAACGUCGUGCGUGAGGCAGCAGUGAAUACGUGACCAGUUGUUGUUGCAAGUUCAGCCUGUAAUUGUUUAGUGACCUUUAGCUACUGUGCGUGCCUUAUGAUUAUAUCGGGCAUUGUGGCCAUCAAUAAAGCGCAUGGUUUUUUA